GUUGGGGUUGGUGGGUGAGCUGGUGAGCAGUCCUGAGGUGCUGACAAAGUGGCUAUUGUACAGCAGGUCUUCCUCUCGCUCUCUCUCCUGCUCUCCAUCUUUAACCCUUGUGGACGAGGCUCUGAUAUUGCCCGCUGACUCUCCUCUGGAAGGAUGGCUCCUCAUGGCUCUCCAAGGAUCUUCCUCCUCCUCCUCCUUACUUUCCUGGGGUCUCUGCUGGCUGCUGCACGAUCAGAGAGCCCAGCAGGCCACGCCCCCACACCUCAGAGUGACAGCCUGGACACCUCCUCGGGAGGAGGGGCCUAUGAAAUCACCAUGAGGGGCACGUUCCAUGAGCUGACGCACGCUCCCUUCACUGCAGAGUAUGAGGACACCACCCACUCACAGCCAGUGGACAGGGAGGCGGGCUCCCUGGGUCCCGGCGCCAUUGCUGCCAUCGUCAUUGCUGUAAUCCUGGGGGCCUCAGUCCUCAUGGCGUUGAUUGUCAUCACUGUGAAGAAAUUCACAAGCUCGUAGGUAGAGCCAGCACCUGCUCCCCCUGUCUCCCUCAGUGGCUCUCUCUCUCUUUAGAACCUCUUUAGUAGGACUGGACAAAGAAUUAGAAGCACGUGCCAUAACACUGUCAAUGGGGUCAAAUUGUGAACUGCCAGGAAAUCUGGUCAUGUGACCCCACAAAAAAAAAAAAAAAUAUUCCUAGCACCUUCGUAAAUGCUGUUAGUAUAGUUUUUCGGCUUGCUCUAUAUUACUGUAUGUGGCAUCUAUUCAGCAUCUAUAUACACUUGAUCCAGUCUUUGUUGUGUUUUUACAAUCCAAUCUGCAACUGGACAAUAUAUGAUUCCCAUUUAA